AUGACUGAGCAGAACGACGCAACGACUCCCAAGAAGGAGCCCAACGCCUCGGAGGCCAUGUUCUUUUUCGCCAUUGUCAAGCAUACCCGCAACAAGGCGGACAUUGACUGGGAUGCUGUGGCCGUGGAGCAGAAUUUCAAGAGCGCCGAGGUCGCCAAGGUCCGUUUUGGCCAGGUCAAGCGCAAGCUUGGCAUUUCUUCCACCGCCGAAACCCCGACCUCGUCGGCCCGCGCUUCUGGAAAAAAGCGCGACAACUCGACGGCCGCGACCCCGACAAAGGUCGCCAAGAACACAGGCCGCGUGGGGGGCAAGGGCCGCGGCCGUGGCAAAGUCAAGUCGGUUGUCGAGGAGAGUCCCACCAUUGACGAAGAGCCUCUCGUCAAAGACGAGCCGGCCGUGCCCGGCGACGAACGCGAAGAUGUCAAGGAAGAGUUUUUUGAUCCCCCUUCUCAGUUCGAGGAGGAGAUGAUGGCUUUGGGCAAGAGAGACGAGUCUGUUUAG